UGCGUGUGUGUGUAUAGCAAAAGCAGAAGCAAAGCUUUGCAAUACCGUGUGCAAAUACAAAUACCGCUAGAUAACGGAACAAACAAAACACUGUGCGAGACAAACGAUGCGCGCUCAAAAAAUUGCCAACACCAAAUUGUAGCAAAGCGAUUGUGAACCUUUAGCAGGCCAUACAGCUUAAGAGCUAAAUUAUCGAAGAAUAAGUGCAAGAAAACACAGAAUGCGACGGCACCCAGGACUGGCGCUUACUGAAGUGCUGCUGGUGCUGGUGCUGCAGCUGCAGUACGUCGUGCAGCUGAGGGCUGAGAUUGCGCAUAUGCCGCUGGCCAGCAAUCGCAUCAGCCAGGACUCGUAUGUCUCGCCGUCGUCGAGCUGCCCGCAGCGACUGGCCUACGAGAAGAUGCUGAGCGUCAUCGACGACGUCGAGGAUCUAUAUGUGGAUGUGCCGAUACACAUUGCACUCGAGCAGCGCCAGAAAAAGCGAUUUGUGCUGCAACUAAACAACUCAACGCCGCUGACGAUUCUCUUCUCAAUGCCCGUGGCACGUCAGCUGUACUACAAUCAGACAGCAAACGUGCUGCGCCUCGCCGCGCCCGCCAAGGGCCCCAACAUGGGCCGACUGGUCCUGCCCUGUGCCCUGCGCGGCCAAUACGAUCUCUUCGUACAGGCCCGUCAGGCAGGCGCCCUCAAGCUGGAGGCUCAAGCCAAGCAUCCGCAUCAGUCGUGGCCCCUGCUCAAUCACACACAUCGCAUCGCCAUCCGCACCCAGAAUCGUGUGCGCAAGCGUCAGCUGAUCGUCAAAUGGGAGCGCAGCAAAUUUGAUUACCAUGCCAUGCACUACUGUCUGGUGAUUCAGCGUGUUGAGAGCGCCGAGACGUCGAGCCAGGACUUCGGCAGCUUCUGUGAGGCCGUCUACGUCUACACGAGGCAGCAGCAGGAGCAUUGGCGUGCCUCUGCCGGGCCUUGCUCUGGCGCCAGUAAUGCAUUGGAUCUGGUCUGGUCACGGUCACCGAAGCGAGCGCGUCAUCUGAAUCCGCAGCACAGGCUGCACAUCGUCUGCACUGGAGCCCGGACGCAGCAGCAGCUGCGCGGGCUGCAGCCAAACAGCAGCUAUAGGCUGCAGCUGUUCGGCGUGCACCAGCGGCUGCAGAACCUGACGCUGGGCCUGGCUAGCAGCCAGGUGCACUUCAAUCGCACCCAUCCAACGGCACUGCGGCAGCAGGCACUGGCGCUGCUCAAGAUUGGCGGACUGCAUGGCGUCCAGGUGUAUAGCUUCAAGGUGCCAGCGACGACGCCUCCGCCCAGCUUCAUGCGCUACCUGCUGUUGCCGUGCGCCGGCAGCGAGAUACGUGUGAAGCUGCUGCGCCAGCAUCGACAGGUGGCCAACGUGGGAAACAUCUACUCGCCCACUUACAUCAAGCUGGAGGGCGUGCUGCCCGGCGAGCGGUACCUGAUGCGCUUCCAGCCCAGCAACGAGGACGAGGCGCUGCGGGCUCAAAAAGUUCGCCUGGCCCUCAGCAGUGAACGCCUCUUCCGUGAUCUGCCGGAGCUGCCAGAUAACAUAACGGUCUUCGAUGUUCGAACGCGCUGCACCAGCGCAACAAUUGCAUGGCACGAAUCUCCAGACGAGCGCGCCUUGAGCUACUGCGUGAUUGUCUUUAGCCUACCGCAGCGCAGCGGGGACUUCACAAACUAUUGCAUGGACUUCGGAGCGUUGCGGAUAACGCAGCAUAAGAACUUCAAGUACAUACGCUGCCGCGAGAAGCGACCUAGCAAUGAGGACAAGUUGGAGACCGAGACCAUACUCAGUCUGACGCCCGGCGACAGCUACUUGAUCUACGUGACCGCCAAUCUAAGCAUGGGCAAGCCGCUGCCCUACCAGACGCUAACUGUGCACAUGGGCAGCCAGUGCUUGGAGCUCGACUCCCAGGAGCAGCCAGAGUAUGACUAGUGGAAUAUGUGCUUGACUAAGGGCCUUCUGUGCGCAUGCGCAACGGGCCUACCGCUAUGAAGAAAACAAAUAUGAAAAACUAUCCGUCGUUGUAAAGCUACCUAAUCAACUAAACUAAACUAAACUAAACUAUGCAAUACCAUAUUAUACUAUAACUAUGCGGGUUUUUGCGAUAAGCUUAAAAGACUAUAAUUUAGGCAAACAUACCACGAGUGUGUGUGCGUGUGUGAGUGUGCGUAUCUGUGGAUGCGUUUGUGAGAACAAAUUCGAACUUUUUUCUUUAAUUUCUCCUUUAGUAACC